GUGCUGGCCCCGCUGGCAGCUGGCGACCUACUGUGGGUGGCAGCGCUGCCUGCCGUGAGCGAGGAGCUGCUGUUUCGGGGGGCGCUGAUCCCCGCCGUCUAUCCCGACUGGCGUGGCGUGGUGAUUGCCGGCCUGGCCUUUGGCGUGCUGCACAACAGCGGCGGGCGCAACCCCGCCUUUGCCGCCUGGGCCUCGUUGGUGGGUUGCGCCUAUGGCGCCCUCCUACUUGCCACCGGCUCCGUGGCCUGCCCCGCGCUGGCCCACACCCUGGCCAACGUCGCUUCGGCGGCGGUGUGGAAGGCAGCACACGGCAGCGGC